AUGGAUUUACAAAACUCUAACGGGUCAUCUGGAUCGGACAAGCAGAAGCCCAGUCUGAUAGACUUGGGGACGUUUUUCGUGGACGCUGACACCAUUUUUGGAUUUACUAGUCAUCUGUUAAAGCGAAAAGCCAAGGUGGAAGGCUGUUCGAGCGGAGAGUCUUCUCUCUCACUUGAGCUGAGCCCGAGGAAGAGACUGUCAGCGGAGGAGGAACGGUGUGCCAGCAGACCCCCACCUGAAGGCGCAGGAGCCGUGAGCCUCUCUGAAUCCGACAGGGAAGAGACUAAGCCAGAUCUGUGCAAGCAAUGUCAGAUGACUAUAGCUGAACUGAGGAGACAAGUUCUCGUUCUGUCCGACCCUGCUUCAUUUAAGGACCCUGGAUUUGCUUCCUUUAUCAUAGACCAGCUGCAAGUGCCCGAUUGGUCGCUGAAAGGCGGACAUGAAGGAACGAGGUGUCAGGUGUGUGGCACCCCUGCACAGCAGCUAAAACAGCAGGCACUGCAGACUCUCCAAGAACUGUACCCUGCUUCUGACAUGCCAUCCCUGCCUCCCAACACCUUCCCUGGGCAUCCCACCAGGCUGAGAACAAACAGCGUGGUCACUCUUUCCUCCAGACCUACCAGAUCGAGGAUACCUCACCCAGCGCACAGUGUCCUGCCUGUGGGAGAGCGGCAGCGUGAGCAGGGCUGGUCUCAGAGCCCGUCUUGCAGCGCUGGGGCAAUGAAACCCAGCAUGCAGGUGACCAUGGGAGGAAGACCUCUGAUGGGGACCAUCAGUUCAGUCACCAUUCAAGCCCAGCAGUACUUGGAGGGCAUGUGGAGCAUCUCACACGUCAAUAACUUCCUGCCUCAGCCAAACCCGACACAAGGCCUCGUAGGUCAAGCAGAGCAGAACGAAUGGCAUUCAGAUACCACCAUCUCCAGAGUGUCCCUGACUCCCUCCAGACAGAGAAGUCCAGUUCAUUUUGGCCAGGCUGUGUCUGCUUCUUCUGAUCAUCCCACUUCAGCUGCAGCAUCCUUUUUCAUCAGGGCUGCUCAGAAGCUGAAUCUGUCAUCCAAACGGAAGAAGCAGCAGCCGCCACUGGUAUACUCCCAGGAGCCCUCCAUCUACCCCACUAACUUUAGUGCUGUCCUUCAGUUUUCACCUCCACCUGCUCCACCAUGUCUGCUCAGGGCGGGGUCAAAGGCCAAGGAGAACCCUGGCAUGGGCAAGGUCAAAGUGAUGAUGCGGAUCUGUCCAUCACUGGGGAUUGUGGAUUCAUCUGAGUCCCUGUCCUUCCUGAAGGUGGACACUCGUAAGAAACAACUGACCCUCUACGAUCCCUCUCUCAACACACAGCCCACCUCAGUGCAUAGACGAGCAGUGCUGCCCGCCCCAAAGAUGUUUGCCUUUGACACUGUUUUUUCCCAAGAUGCCUCUCAAGCUGAAGUUUGCUCAGGGACAGUGGCUGAAGUUAUUCAAUCAGUGGUUAAUGGAGCCGAUGGAUGUAUUUUCUGCUUUGGUCAUGUCAAAGUUGGUAAGACAUACACUAUGAUUGGCAUGGACAGCUCCACGCAGAGCCUUGGCAUUGCGCCCUGUUCCAUCUCCUGGCUGUUCAAGCUCAUCAAUGAGCGCAAGGAGAAGACUGGCACGCGCUUCUCGGUACGGGUGUCAGCCGUGGAAAUCUACGGCAAGGACGAGAGCCUGCAGGACCUGCUUUCUGAUGUGCCCACAGGAAGUCUGCAGGACGGCCAGUCGCCUGGUGUUUACCUGCGUGAGGACCCCAUCUGCGGCACACAGGUCAGGAACACCCCACCUAGACGUCAAAUUUAGCUUCUUUUUCCUGAUAAAGCCCUCCCGGUUUUGCUUGUCAUCUUCGCAGCACGUAGCACCAACCGGCCAGAUGCAGAUGAGGAAGACCGCCGCAACUCCCACAUGCUGUUCACCUUACACAUCUACCAGUACCGCAUGGAGAAGAGCGGCAAGGGUGGAAUGUCUGGUGGUAGGAGCAGAUUGCAUCUGAUUGACUUGGGAAGCUGUGAGAAGGUGCUUUGUAAGAGCAGGGAUGCAAGAGGAGGUCUGUGUCUGUCUCUGACUGCGUUAGGAAACGUGAUACUGGCUUUGGCCAAUGGAGCUAAACAUGUUCCAUACAGGGAUAGCAAGCUCACCAUGUUACUGCGAGAUUCCUUGGGGAACAUCAACUGUAGGACAACCAUGAUUGCCCACAUCUCUGACUCCCCUGCCAAUUAUGCAGAGUCUCUUACCACCAUUCAGCUGGCCUCCCGAAUCCAUCGUAUGAGAAAAAAGAAAUCAAAGUAUGCAUCCAGUUCCUCUGGAGGAGAGAGUUCCUGUGAUGAAGGAAGGAUUCGUCGACCACCACAUUUGCGGCCCUUCCAUCCUCGCACUGUGGCCCUUGACCCAGAUCUACCAUCAUUCCUCAGUGAUCCUGACUACUCUUCAAGUAGUGAGCAAUCAUGUGACACUGUAAUUUAUGUUGGCCCUGGUGGUGCUGCCAUCUCUGAUCGAGAGCUCAGCGACAAUGAAGGACCCCCAGCCUUUGUUCCAAUCAUCCCCUCUCUUAACCGUAAGCAACGAGGGAAAGAAGGGCCAGUUGACUGUGAUCACUUCAAAUGUAACACCUUUGCUGAGCUUCAGGAGCGAUUAGAAUGUAUCGAUGGUAGUGAGGAGCCUACAGACUUUGUUGGAGAAUCUGGAGGAAAUUCUGCAAGCCCUAAAAUGGACCUUGAUGCAACCAAGUUGAAAGAAGGCUCUGGCAGCAUUUCAGUUUCUCCCAAGACUCCUACCAAAGCGCUCUUAUCAACACAGGACAGCAUAUCCAAAAAGUCCAUUACUGUAGCCAGUAAACUGCCUGGCAGUCCAAAACACAAAUCCAAAUUAGAACAUUCUAAGUUGCAAAGUGCCAUAUCGGAGAAAGAUCUCAGAGACAUGUCUGAGAGUAGGACAAGUGCAGAUGGUGAAAAGGUGCAAAUGUCAGAAAAUGGAACUCUCCUAUGCACUCCAGGAAAACAAAGUAAACCAAGAGUAUCCCAAAACUCAGAGCCUGUGGUUAGGGAAAAGGUUUUUUUCAGUAAAAAGUUACCCAAGCCUGCUCCCCCACCACCACAACAAAAAGAUUAUGUCAGGAUCAGUAGUAGUGAAAGUGAAGAAAAGUCUGCCACAAGGAUACCACCAAUUGGGAUGAGUCAUCAAAAAAGAGGUGAUUCAAAUGAGAACUCACCGGUAAAAGUCCAUCACCUUAAUCCCAGGACUUCAGGGGAAAUGAGGUCCAAUCUUAGGGAAAGGUGCAUGGAGAAGGACAUAUUAAGGACAACUGUAACCCUUAAACAGCCAGUGGAGCUAAAUGGUGAGGAUGAGCUUGUAUUCACUCUUGUGGAAGAGUUAUCAAUUGGCAAUAUUGUGGACAAUGGAAGGCCCCCCAGUAUUGUAAGUUUCAAUAGUGAUUGCUCACUACAGGCCCUUGCCUCGGGAUCACGACCAGUAAGCAUCAUUAGCAGUAUCAAUGAUGAAUUUGAUGCCUAUACAUGUAAUGUUGGUACCUCAGAGGCAAACAUUAAAAUGGUGGCACCAUUACAGGAGAAAGCAUGUACUUCACUUGGCAGCCGUGGUUCUUCUAUCACUUCAUGGCUUAGUGAAGUAAGUGUCUGUACUCUGGAGAGUGAAGGUGCCCAAACAGUAGAUGUCUUUCUCCCUCAAGGUACUCAUACCGGCCCAGACAGCAGCUUCUACCUUGAUUCUCUUAGGAUGUUCCAAAGCAGCCAUCAAAAGGAACCUAAAAACUCUUUGAAUGAUAGUGGCUGUAGCUUCUCAGAUUUGGACAGUGACAGUGCUAUAUCAGGUAAACUCUCUCUUAGCAAGUGCCCAUCCUCUCCAGAGGCCCCACAACAGCCUGCCAAAAGUUUACCAAAACUGGCAAAGGCAAAUACCAUUAAUUUAUCUGAUCCCAAGUCUUUUCAAGAUUCUCAAGUUGUCCAGUGUAGUCUUUCCAGGAAAUUAAAACCUACCUCAUCCACAGUCCAGAGUAGUUGUAUCAGUGGAAGCAGCUCCAGUACCAACUGGAGACGUGAGCCACCAAGGCAAGACUGCAUACCAGAUCCAUGGCACCAAGUAGAUAGCUCAUUGGAGUCUUCUAUAACCUUUAAUUCAGGUUCGUCCAGACUGGUUAAAAAUGGAAUGAGUGGAAUUCCUGCAAGAAAAGCAGGCCCAAGUAGCAACAGUGGAUCUCGGUUGCCCAAAACACUAGGGUCAAACCCAUCCCAAAGGGUGGUGGACGGAUGUGAAAAAUCCAGCAACAACAGGAAGAUGGAGUCCCCAAGCAAGAUGCCACAGCUCAGACGAGGCGCAACAACACUCGGGACAGUUCCAGUCAUACAUUCAUCCAUUGAUGUCAAGCUUGCUCAAGAUAUUGGUACCUCAGGAGGAAGUUUAAAGUUCUCCUCUUUAGGAAAAAGUGGAAAGGCAAGCAAGCAGGAGGAGAGUAUGUCAAAACCUGGCAAUGUAUCACCACCUCCUCCUCCAGUUCGCAAAUCUAGUUUGGAUCAAAAGAAUCGAAUCCUGUUUCCCUCAAGUGCCUUAAAGUCUGCUUAUGAGGCAGGAAAGUCUUUAGCACCAAGGGCUACAGGUUUAGAGGAUGAUAUUGAUCUUAGCUCUAGAGGAGAUUCAAAUAGUUUAAGAACAUCUAACUUAAAAUCAGAGCAUAGUUUGAUAAAAGCAACCUCUAGUCUCAAAGCUAGAGGAGCUAGACGUGAUACAGGACAGCUUUAUGGGAGCCAGAUAUCUCUAGACAGAUGUGACAGUUUGUCAUCUUUGGGGUCGAAACCUGCUCUUAGUCGAGAAAACAGUGGUGCUAGUCUCAACAGCAAGUCAAGCAAGUCUGUCGGUAGGUUUGGAUCACCUGUUGCCACCUAUUCCCCAAUUGCUACCUCUCCACCUUCUUGUAUAAACCCAGUAACCACUGUAAAAAGUGGGAUUGUCAAAGGCAGCCUUAACGCAAGACAAAUACCUGUUAAUGCAAAUAAAGCUCGUACAUUAUCUGCAAGCAACUCCAAAGCCCUGAGCUCAUCCACUAAAUCUCUUGUGGCACCUGCAACAAGGAAUGCCAACCUUCCACCUUCAGGAAAGACUGCAUUACCUCGAGCAACAGUAGGAGGCAAUGGUAAAUUCACAAGAGGAACAAUAAUGGGUACCAAGCAAGCAAUGCGGGCAGCAAACAGUCGCGUUAGUGAGUUGGCAUUGGCCAAUCCUUCUGGGAAACAUGCAAAGGGCUCAGGUGAUUCUGACAGUGGCAAUGACAGUGGAGUGAACCUCAAUGAUGACCAGCAUACCCCAAUCCCCAUUCUCCCAUCCCCAUAUAGUAAGAUCACAGCCCCCAGAAGACCUCAACGCUACAGCAGUGGCCACGGAAGUGAUAACAGUAGUGUCUUAAGUGGAGAGUUGCCUCCUGCCAUGGGACGAACUGCACUCUUCUACCACAGUGGAGGGAGCAGUGGAUAUGAGAGCAUGAUCCGUGAUAGUGAAGCUACUGGUAGUGCUUCUUCAGCCCAUGACUCCAUGAGUGAGAGUGGGAUGUCCUCCUCUGGUCGCACAAGAAGCUCCAAAGCACCCAAGAAGAGGUCAAAUGGCCUCCAGAGGAGGCGUCUCAUCCCAGCUCCCUUACCGGACACCUCCCUGGGGAAGUCUGGGACCACGGGUCAGUGGGUGGACCUUCCCCCUAUGUCCGGGCCACUGAAAGAGCCUUUUGAGAUCAAAGUGUAUGAAAUUGAUGAUGUGGAGAGGCUUCAGCGGCGAAGACAAGAAAAGACAGAUGAGGGCCUGAUGUAUUUUAACACUAAAUUAAAGGUUCUUGAGAAACGGCAGCAGCAAAUCAGAGAUCUCAAAGCCAAGCAUAAGACUCUGAAAGAAGAGCUGGAGGACACAAAGUCUAGAUUAAUGAUGGAUCCCAGCAAGUGGAUUGGAGAGUUUGAGGUGGAUGAAGGUUUGGAUCAGGAGUCGCAAGAGUACUUGGAGGCAUUGGAGCAGGCUACGGCUGAACUGGAAUACUGCGUCAACCUAUGCAAGUCCCGUGUCAUGAUGGUGACCUGCUUUGACAUCCGAGUAGCAUCUGACGUGCAGGAAGGACCGCGAGAAGUGGAGGUUUAAGAACAGAAUGUGGUGAUCGAUGGACAGUGACAAAGAAAUGGAGGAAGACAGGACCUUGGAUGUCUGAAAGGAAAGAUAAUGAAAUGUAGCAGCCGGUCCGGCGAUUCCGAGGAAACACAAAUGGAUCAAAGAAUGAUCUUUAUAAUAGGAUGGCACACUGAAUUCUGCAUGAAGUAGGAACUUAUCUUCUGGAGAAGAGAAAACUGUUCUGAUUAUAUGCAGUGCCUCAUAACAAACAUGGAAUAGACUUGCUCAAAUGGAAAGCCAACAAGCUUUGAUGUGUUUGACGCAUUUCCUUACACAAGGAAAGAGAAGAAUCAUUCUCACUUACCGAAGAGUUAUUCAAACACACCGCAAAGUGCCUUUUUCAUAUGACUGUUUUGUACAUUUGUUGUCAAUCAUUAUUUUUUCUACUGGUGCUAGUGCUAUGACCAGCAUACCCAAGCCGAACCAUAUUUUUUCUGUUGUUUUAUUGCAUUGUAUAGUGUAUUUAUAUAAUCAUACAGUGUGUGAAAUAUCAUUUUGGGUGCGAAAGGAGAGCAAUAAGCUGACUUUCCGUGCUUUGCCUUUGCCUCCUGAACUAUCACCUCUGUCAGCAUAUUGAUAUUAAACCUUUCGAGCCUUAUGUUGUAUUUGUAGUUUUCUGUCUGAGUGUUUUUUCUACUUUUCAAAUCAAAUAUCUGUCUUUUUAAGGAACACGGUAUCACAGCAAUGGACAGUCAUAUGUGAUGCAAGACAGUUUUAAUAAACGUGUUUGGUUUGGUUGCCUUGACUCUUCCAGUCGGACUAAAGAUGGAUACAUAUCUGACUUAAACGUGUUUAUUUCCCAGAGAAUCAUAUAGGUGAUUUGAAUUGGUACUACGUUUGCUUAGCCAUGUUGAAUGUAAGUUAAAACAUUUGAAUGAACAACACAAAAAAUCCCCAAGAAUGUAAAAUCUCAAGCAUUGUUAUUUGUUCUUAUCACAUAAAUGCAUGCAAGUCAGUGUCAUUGUUAUGCUCGCGAUGGAUGCGUGUUGCUAGAGAGGCGUGAUCUAUUAAAAUGCAGAUUGGCCUCUUGUUCUUGUUUACUUUAAAUAGACACUUUGGCGAAGGGCAUUCAUCAGUGUAACCUGACAUGUCUAGCUCAGCCUUUCUCUGUGGACACAGAGUGGGUUGCAUUUAAAGAGCUGUGGGUGUGAUUAAAGAGGGGUGAUGUGACAUUUGUGCGGUACAGGAAGGACUCUUUUCCAUACCCAUUCAGACAACAGCAUCUUAAAAGUAACCAUAAAACUAUCUGAUGAGAUUUUAAACACUGUGGCUUGCUCAAUGGCAUAUUUGAUACUAUUAAUACACACUUUUUAUAGCCUAAGGGAACAUUGAUUAUGUCAUUAAAAUCUUGACAGUCCAUGUACCCCAAAUAGUAUUACGGUCCAGUCCAUGUCGCAUUGCAGGUUUUUUUUAACUCCACUGUGGAUGUCUAUCCAAGCCUUAGUCCUAUGCAUCCAUGCAAUCAUGGUCUUAAACAAACAACCUCAGAAAAUGCAACAGGAAGCAUUUAGCACAAAUUACCGUCUCCUAGGCUAGCCUUUACAGGACAUACUGUAUAAACAGUGUUUUUCAGCACUCAAUGUGCUGUUUAAUAACAGCUGUAAAAGACCACCUGCUUUUCUCUGAUGCCAUCACAGAAAUUUGCUGGUGAAAGUGAUUCAGUGUUUUAACAUGUAGCUGCCAUAAUGACUUUCCUGUUACUUGUCUGUCAAAGGCUGUGAAUGAACAUUAGAUCUCAUUCGACAUUGAUGUUACGGAAUUCAAAACCUUCUUGGAUUUAUUUACCUUUAUAAACACACUCUCAGGCCCUUUUUCAAGAUGCUGCAUGAGAUUUGUAUUUUUUUCUAGACUUUAUUCUUCAUCUUUGAAUUUUGUAAUGAUUAUGCUGGCAUUCACUAUACUUUAAGUACAUGGAAUUGACUGACAUAAAACUGAAACUUUUUUUUGAACGAAAGCUGACAAUGUAU